ACAUUAUUACAUUAUCCCACCCUUUACUUUCUUGGAUUGGAUGAUUCACUUUACUUGACACUGUUAUGGUUAUGGUGGAAGAGACGACCAAAUUAAUACUGCCAGCUCUAGUUAUUCCCAUCCAUUUUGCUUACGGACAAAAGGAACAACCUUUUUCCGCCGGCAUGGGUGAGGAGGAGGAGAAGAGAGGGCUCUGUCUGAUCCAUCUUCUGGUCGCCUGCGCCAACCAGGUCGCCGCCGGCAGCGUCCACCACGCUAACGUCGGGCUGGAGUAUAUUUCCCAUCUCGCCUCCCCCGACGGCGACACAAUGCAGAGGAUCGCCGCCUACUUCACGGAGGCGCUCGCCGAUCGGAUGCUCAAAGCCACCUGGCCGCCCCUCCACCGGGCCCUCAACUCCACCAGAAUACACUCCCUCGCCGACCAAUUCCUCGCGCACAAACUUUUCUUCCAAUUCUGCCCCUUCCUCAACCUCUCCCACGCCCUUACUAACCAGGCCAUCCUCCAGGCUAUGGCCGGGGAGAGACUCGUCCACAUAAUCGAUCUCAAUCCCUUCCACCCUUCACAGUGGCUCAGCCUUCUUCGGGCUCUCCGAGCCCGGCCCGAAGGCCCGCCUCACUUGAAAAUCACCGGCGUUCAUGAGCAGAAAGAGGUAUUGGACCACGUCGCCCGGAGAUUGAACGAAGAAGCCGAGAAACUCGACAUACCUUUCCAAUUCAACUCCAUUGUUAGCCGGCUGGAGAAUCUCCUCCCGGAGAGAUUGCCGGUGAAGAUGGGGGAGGCCGUCGCCGUCGCCUCCGUGCUCCAGCUGCACACUCUCCUCGCAGACGGCCCGAAUUCGUCGGCGGAAUUUCUUGAGAAGGAUGUGCAAAUAUCAUCGCCGGCGAUCCCUCCGUCGAAAUUGUCCAACUUCCUGACCGGUCUGUGGAGCAUCUCGCCCAAGAUAAUGGUGAUUACGGAGCAGGAGGUGAACGACAAUGCGAUGAACCUGAUGGACAGAGUCAUGGAGUCAUUGAACUUCUACGCGGCGCUGUUCGAUUGCCUGGAAUCGACAAUGCCGCGGGCGUCGUUGGAGCGAUUAAAGAUCGAGAAGAUGCUCUUUGGGGAGGAGAUCAAGAACAUCAUCGCUUGCGAGGGCGUCCACAGGAAGACGCGGCACGAGCGCCUCGACAAGUGGAACGUAAGGCUGGAAAUGGCCGGAUUCAGGAAGGCGGCGCUGAGCUGCCAUUCGCUGAUGCUGGCGAGGCGACUUCUGCAGAGCUGGAGCUUCCAAGGAUACAAAAUUAGAGACGAAAACGGGAGCUUCAUGAUCUGCUGGCAUGAUCAGCCGCUCUUCGCCGUCUCAGCUUGGCGGAGGAGACGGGGCAACACAAUGAUCCAUUGAUGUAUGUUAGCUUGUUGAUACAGAUUGUGUUGUUUCCUGAUUGCCUUCUCUGUUGCUCUUUGCAAUGCCUCUGUAUAAAGAGCAUGGAAUGAGUUGUACAAUGUUUUGAAUGAAUGAUCAAUAGGUUUGUUUGUUGGUUCUAUAUUUGUGCAUGGAACUGUAUUUGUAACAAAUAUAGAAAUUAAUCCUGAGAAUUAGGAGAGACAUGGUGGAAGUUGAAUAUAUAUAAGAGUUGGAAACUUUGAAUGUUUCAGUGAAUCACAAUAAGAGGAGGAGGAGCAGGAGGAGGAGGAUUACCGUAGGAAGCUGCUUUUCUGCCAGAAAAGUUUUGGAGAUCGUCGUUUGUGUGGGUGAUUGAUGCUGAUUUCCUUUUGCUCUUUUUUGGAUUGGGGGAAAUCGAAUUCAGAUGUCGAGUUCCGAUCAUGAGGUUG